AUGGGAUACAAUUGUGUGUCCCUAAUAGUAAUAACCCUGCUCGUUGUGAUUACAUCGCCCGUGGUAUUCGGUAACGAUGCGGCACCAAUUCCUCAGAACAAAUUAGGAAUUGAGCAGUGGUUCAAGACCAAUGUUCCUUCGUUGGCUAGUAGAAAAGGCACACUAGAUGGAGCUCUAUUGACCGCAGAAACUGCGCCGCGCGUGAGACAAAAUGGAAAAGGCCAUUUCAAGACCUUAACCGAGGCGAUAAAGAGUGUACCCGCAGGGAACACAAGGCGCGUGAUCAUCAAGAUAGGUCGUGGUGUAUACAAGGAGAAGAUCACGAUCGAUAGAAACAAACCCUUCAUUACACUGUACGGUCAUCCAAAUGCAAUGCCGGUAUUGACAUAUGACGGUACCGCGGCCCAAUACGGGACAGUCGAUAGCGCAACUCUCAUUGUCUUAUCCGAUUAUUUCAUGGCCGUUAACAUCAUCGUUAAGAAUUCUGCUCCGAUGCCGGAUGGUAAGAGGAAGGGAGCACAAGCCUUAUCUAUGAGAAUCUCCGGAAACAAAGCAGCUUUCUACAACUGUAAAUUCUACGGUUAUCAAGACACGAUUUGCGACGAUGCCGGAAAUCAUUUCUUCAAAAAUUGUUACAUCGAAGGGACAUUUGAUUUCAUCUUUGGAAGCGGACGCUCUUUAUACCUCAGUACGCAACUACACGUUGUGGGAGAUGGACUCAGAGUGAUCACAGCUCAUGCGGGGAAAAGCGCAGUAGAGCAAAGCGGAUACUCAUUCGUGCAUUGCAAGGUUACAGGGACUGGAACCGGGAUCUACUUGGGUCGAGCAUGGAUGAGCUACCCUAAGGUGGUUUACGCAUACACCGACAUGUCAAGUGUCGUGAACCCGUCCGGAUGGCAAGAAAACCGCCAAGCCGAUCAAGACAAAACGGUGUUCUAUGGAGAGUACAAGUGCACAGGAGCAGGAUCGCACAAGGAGAAGAGAGUUAAGUAUACACAAGACAUUGACGACACAGAAGCUAAGUAUUUCACCUCGCUUGGUUACAUCCAAGGAUCUAGCUGGAUCCUUCCUCCUCCCACUUUGUAA